GGCUGGGGUUCGGGGGGCCGGCAGGGGGAGCAGGGCGGGGAGCGGCGGGCGGCAAGCGGAGCCUCAAGGUCUCCGAGGCUCGCGCCCGGCUGGAGGAGGCCGAGUGCGACAAGCUGCUGAGCAGCGAGCGGGUGACGCGGGAGGCGGUGAGGGCGGCGGAGCAGGAGGGGAUCGUGUUCAUUGAUGAGAUCGACAAGAUCGUGGAGCCCAGCGGCGGGCGGCUGCACAGCGGCGGGGGCGGGGGCGGCGGUGUGAGCAGCGAGGGCGUGCAGCGCGACCUGCUGCCCAUCAUCGAGGGCAGUGUGGUGCCCACCAAGCACGGCAACGUGAGCACGGAGCACGUGCUGUUCAUCUGCUCGGGCGCAUUCCACUCGGCAAAGCCCUCGGACAUGCUGGCGGAGCUGCAGGGUCGCCUCCCCAUCCGCGUGGAGCUGCAGGGCCUCACGGCGGACGACUUCUUCCGCAUCCUCACGGAGCCCGACAACAACAUGAUUCGGCAGCAGCAGGAGCUGCUGGCCACGGAGGGCGUGUCGCUGGUGUUCACGGAGGGGGCGGUGCGGGCGGUGGCGGCCAGUGCGGAGCAGGCCAACCGGCAGCUGGACAACAUAGGCGCGCGGCGGCUGCACACGGUGCUGGAGCGGGUGCUGGCGGACAUCAGCUUCGCGGCGCCGGAGAGGGUGGCGGAGGCGAGGGCGGAGGGGAAGCAAACCUACGAGUACGUUGUCGACGAGGCGCUGGUGCACCGCAAGCUGGACGACCUGCUGAAGAAGCAGGACCUCUCGCGAUACGUGCUGUGAGGGGGGCAUGGGGAGCUCUUGCCGUACGAGCUGUGAGGGGGAAGGGAGCGAGAGCAGGGCGGUGGUGCCGGUGUUAGGGGCGGCGGCACAGGUGUGAGCGCGGACUGCCGGUGGGCGCCGCCAUGUGAGGUACUGCUGGGGGAGGCUCCUCUGCAAGAGGGAGGAGGAAGCGCAAAGGAGGAGGACGCAAGGUAGCGCGUGUGGGAUGGAUGUACAGCUUGCGGUGGAGACGGACAGGUGCGCGGUGGCGGUGUAUGAGCUUGGUUGAGUCGGGCAAAGAAGAAAAAGACAGACAUGCAUUGCGCUUUGGUUGAGACGCACACUCGAACCAACCACAGAAGAUGUUUGUAUGUACAAGAUGGCAAGGUAGGUCGCGGCGGCAUUCCUGACGUGUCUGUAACGCGGUUUGUAGCACGCUAGGACCUGUUCCCCUCUCGUUGUUGAUCGCAUAAGAGCUGCUGCUGUGCUGCUGUGUGCGCUGUGGUGUACGACAAAGCGAGUGUGCGGCCAGGUGGUAAGCUGGACUGCCGUACCGUACCCAGCCGGGGGGGGGAUGCAACCGCAAGGGUGCACCUCCUGUGACGCUGUGAGCGACCCGGUGCGUGGGGGCCGCGGACACGUGGCCAGCUGCCUAGGGUGUGGCAUUAGGUCAUUAGUAAGCCAGAUGUGGGGGCCAUGGAGCCUGGGUGGGUGUAGGUUAUAGCGGUUUACGGUAACUAGACCUUGGCAUUGGGGAAGGAAGGAGGGUUCCAUGAGGAUAUGUCGUUGCUGUCACGGUGUUAUCGUUGGUCCUGUUGCUGGGACUUUGAACUUUAGGAACGAACGACUGAACGUGGGUUGCGCAGGCCUCAAAACGCGUGUCGUACAGGCGCUGAAAAGGUGGUUUGCCCUUUGUACUCCCAAGAAUGUCUUUGUGUUACCGGUUCUGUUGUGCUGGAGCGCGUGGUGACACUAGGGCUGUGCCUGCGUCGCCUGGCUUUGUGUUGCGUGGCAACCCUAGCGCAAAUUGUUGUGCUGCUCCCGGACGUCCCGGUCACGGCCAGUUGGGGAUGUUUUGAAAGCAAUCCUACUGGUAUAUUUAGAUCGCGUAAAGAAUUGUGAUGCCCUAAUGCACUAGAAAAACCAGCUUGUUCGGACACCAGCAGGACUUUUGUACGGACGAGAACCCGAGCCGUUAGACUCCGCACAGCAUGGGAACAAAACAAGUUAAGCCAAAUGUGUUUCGUAAGGGACAUGUUUAGCACAUGACGCAACGUAUGCUAGAAUCUAAGUUUGCCUUGCUACUCCACGCUGACAGCUAAUAUUUGACACCAUCCUGGCGUGAUGUGUAUGCUAGCUAGUAACGUAAGUCAUCGACUGUAUUAGGAAAAUACGGAAAAGCAAUAUGGCGCCUUUGGGUCGAGCACGGCCGGUCUCUGCUGAAACGAUAACCAGCGCAGCGGCUGAAAGCUCUGCCACAUCAUGCUUUGCCGAUCUUCCAUUUCUGCAAAACAAUCAAUUCAAGCCAGGAGAACGUCCCCUACCUGAACUGCUGAACAUGCUGGUCGACGCGGCCCAUUACAGCCACGACAACCGCAAACUGCAGCUCCCGCCCACCCACGCCUACUCCGUCUUCACAUGGCGGGUGGCGGAGGCGCGCCUCACAGCCGGCUCCACACAGCGCUCCGCAGGCGGCACCACCACCACCACCUCCGUGUCUUGUGGCGGCACCCGCUCCGGAACCAGCUCCGGAGCCCCGUCAGCGACCCUGGCACCCACUUCCACCGCCCCCGCCGCACCCGUUCCUCCCCAUGCUGGAUCCGGAAGCGCAGCCGCCGCGGCCCCGCCGCUGGACCCCAUAGCCGAGGUGCCUGCAGGCAGGCAGCAGGCGGAGGAGGCAGGCGGCCGUGCCCGGGGCGCGGUUGCCGCUCCAGCCUCAGCCUCAGCCACCACUGGGCGUUGCGUCAGUCCGGUUGCAGGGGGUGCAGGAGGCGGCUGUGGCGGCGGCGGUGGCAGCUGUGGCGAAGGGAGGCGGAAUCUGAGUCCUAGCGCAUCGACGGCUGGGGCUGGCGGCAUGGGGAAUGGGGUUUUGGCGGGGGUAGGUCGCGGCGGCGCAGCCGGCAGCAGUGGAGGCGGUGGCUGGGGCAGGGGUGCGGGUAGCUGUGGCGGCGGUGGUGGUGGCGGGGGCAGCUGUGCGCCGUCUGUGGGGCGCCGCUCGCACCCUGCCUCGGCGUCGACGGUGGGGGGGUCGUGGAGCGCAGCUGCAUGGGCUGAGCCGGAGCUGGAGGUUGUUUGUCUGUACGACGGCAACUUCCAAACGGCCAACAGCCGCGGGCGGCAGGGCCCUCCGCGGCGCGUGCCGGCUCCGGAGCACAUCGGCCCCAUCUCCUACCUCUUCAGGUGGUACUGCAAGCGCAGCACUCAGUUCCUGGGCAGCCCCUCGCCAGCUGACGUGCCGGACGCCCCCGCCAUACCGCCGCCGGAGCCGCACCGCCCUUCGCGGACGGGCAGCGGGGGGUUGGCUGCCGCUGCUACUGCCGGCAGCAGCAGCGGGGGCAGCACUGGCAGCAGCAGCGGCGGAGGCGGGGGUAUUGCAGGCGCCCUGCAUACGCGGAGCGUACGAGCCGCCAGCGGCAGUAGCAGCGGGAGCAGCCGCGGUGGCAGUUCAGCUGCAGCGACAGCAGCAGCAGCAAGCAGGGCUGGGGCGCCAUCAACGUCAACCUCGUCGUCGCUGCCUCGGCGGCCUGCCAGUGCGGGCCGCAUGGGCCGCAGAACUUCCUCCUCCGCCGGCGGCGGGGGUAGCGGCGGUGGUGGCGGUAGCAGUAGCGGCAGUGGCGGUGGUGGCAGCGGCAGCACGCUGGGUCUCAGUGUGGGUACGGGCAGCGGGCGGCGGCUGAACUCCAGCCUGGACCCGGUGAUGAGUCUGAGCGAGGUGACGGAGCUGCUGGAGGACUUGGAGGUGGUUCCCCACCUCGCCUCCCGCACCGACGUAUCGCAGCUCUUCCACGCGGCCAGGCAGGCCGCACACCCACACCCGCACCUGCACCCGCACCUAUACGGGGACUCAUUUCAACGGACCUCGGAUGCCGCCUUCAUCGCCGCCACCACCACCAUUACAAGCAGCACCAGCGGCGGGGGCAGCGGGGGCAGUAGCGGUCCCGUGCGUGUCCCCCGCGCCCAGAUCCACCCGGACGAGAUCCGCUUCCCCGCCUUCAGGGACUUCCUCGUCCGCCUGGCCCUCGCGAUCGCAUGCGCCGCCGCCGCUAAUAACGCCGCCACCACCACCAACACGACAACACAGUUCCUGGGCUCCUCCACCGCAGUAGCAGCGGCUGUAACCGGGUCGUCUCCACACAACGGGAAGCUAUCCCGCGCGUCCUCAACGCUUACGUCAGCGUCCGUGGUGACGGCGGCGGCGGCGGCUGGACCGCUCAGUACGACAACCCCGGGUUGCAGCAGCGGCAGCAGCAGCCGGCGGCAGCGCAGCCUGUCGGGUGUGGAGGCCAUAGCUGCCGUACGGAGGUUGCUAGAGACCAUGGAGUUGUACGGAGAUGACCAUCGGGGGUUGAAACACCGCUUGGAUGCGUUGGCUCGAAUCGCCUCGGAUCAUGGAGCCAGGGUCAAGGCCAACAAGCUGCUGUACAUGUCGGGACCCUCUGUCGUAGCGGCGGCAGCAGGCGUCGCUAUCGCCUCGGUGGCGGCGCCGCCGCCAGCGGCGGCAGCCUCCUCGGGCUCCCCAGUGGUGCCGUCGGCAAUCGCGGGCGCGCCGCCGAUGGCCGUCGGCGCCGCCGUCGGGACGUCGUACGGCAACCCGCCGCCGUGGAGCAUCCUGGCGGCGGCGCCAGCGCCGUCGUACUUGCUUGCCGUACUGGCGGAGGAGGACGUUGGCGACGGGGCGGCGUACCGGCCGGCUUGGCGGGAGUUUGGCGCCAUGGCGUUGGAGCUGGGUGUGCUGCGGCCCGGGGAGCUGCGGCAGUGCCGGAUGGUGCUGAUCAACCGCGGGGUGUACCAGAUCUCCGUACGGCUCGACACGUCCGGAGCGCCGUUCUGCACUUGCUCCUACUCCUCCCUGAACUCCCUGCCGGCUGGGAUACCCAGACCCGUAGACAUUGCCGUACAACUAACGGACGUUGGCGAGGUGGUUGGUGAGUUGCGGUUGUACUACAGUUCCAGGCAGGAUCCAAGGGAAAAAGAGAUUGUCGUACCCGUGUACGGCAUGGUGUGUCCGCCGACGCAUGCCGAGGUGGUGGUUCGCGGACGGAAGGUACCAACGACGCCGUCCGAGCGAAGAGCCAUGGCAGCGAAGGCAGCGCGAGACGGCACGGCAACUGCGGCGGCGACGGCGGCCGCCGCGGCGGCGGCUUUAAUGGCGGCGGCGGCGACGGCGGCGGUGCCGCAGACGCUGCAGUACGGGCUAAAGCACGGGACAGCGGCGGCGAGGGCGGCGCCUCAGUCCAGGUCAGCGUCGUCUUCAGCGGCGGCCUCGAGGCCUAGCAGCGGGAAGCCGCCGUACGAUACAUCAGUACGGCAGGCUUGGGGGGCGACGAUGGCGUCGUGAGGGCUUUCGAAGAUGGGAAAUGCAAAUGUUAAGAACGCAAGGAAUGGGGCCUGUAGUGUUGUCCUUGUGGAAAUGCCCUUGUGUAAUAUGAUAUGUACGAAAACUGUUGCCCGGGACGUUAGGCGGCUGGUCUGGUAUGGUCGCCGUUUUCCACCGUAGCUGCAGGAAUGAUGCCUUCCUAGCUAGGACGCAUGUGCAUUAGGUUACUAGCCCAAGCAUUACAUAAACCAGUCGUUGUUUGUUCGGUUGGCCUGUCUGUUACAGCACUGUUUUGUUCGUUGCGCAUGUGUAGCACCUGUGCACAAUGCACCGUACUGGGCCAAAUUUUGUCCUUGUAACCCGGUAUUACUACGCGCGUUGUGCGCCGGGUCAACGCUUGGCAGUAAUUACCCAGGUACCUUACUCGUAGCUAGCCUAACUGCUUGCCUCAAUAAGUUGGAGGUGCUGACUUGUGCUUGAUGACUUAAUACUAGCUUGCUUGGCUAAGGCUAAAACUGUACGAAGGUAUGCGGUCCAAGUGGUGAAGGUGUGGUGUGUGGUAUUGGUGCAGAGCGCGUCCUCCUUCCCCUUUGUCAUGUUAGGCAUCAUUAGAGUGAGGUGCAACCCCUUGUUGGUUGAUUGUGUCUUGGGGCGCGCAUACCGUCGAUGAUCGCGGGUGCAUGUUGCCCGGUUGGGUGCAUGCAUGUUGCCACGGCGCUGCGGCGCGCUAACAGCGAUGGCCGUUGAGUGUGAUUCCUCGAAUGCUGCGUGGGUGCGAUUCUCAUCCUGCUAGCAUACAUGUUGUCAGAGCUUGCCUUGCGCUCUUGCGGUAUGUGGCUGUUUGCGAGCAAGCGCACUGUGACCAGCACAGUGCCGCUUGCAUGAUGCCCCUUCUUGUUGCACGGACUUGCUCUUCUAGAACGGACAGUGAAUGCCGGUAUGCGGGGGAGGACGGCGUUUCCAUGUCCGCAGAGCUUCUCGACCCACCAAGUUACCGGCUGGGUGGGAAGGGUGAGAUGGGCGCGGGUGUGUGGGGCGAGUAGCGAACCGUCCUGUAGGUUGCUCGCACUGUAUACGCGGGGUAGGAUGGUAGGAUGGUGUGACUCGUACGGAGCCGAGAGCGCUCGUAAAUGCAAAGUGAGGUAUGCAUGGGCAGCGGGGCGCACCCCUGGACGUAUCCAUUUGCCGGAGAAAGUAAGACCGCGUGUCAGCAUACGGUACUACCCGU